AUACAUGUCGAGAGAGGAGACAGGAAAGGACGAUGGUGGUGGAGGCGGAGACAUGUCACGCCAAGGCAAGACUUCCGGUCCCCGCGUCGCAGCAGAAGCUAUGGCGACUUUUUUCCGCAAAGGCAAGGGCAAGCCGCGAUUGAGUCCGGCAGAGGCGGGCUCGUGGUCGCAGACGCUGCACCUGCCCAAGUCGACCUUUCCCGCCAGACCAUCGACCGAAGAACUUCUCAAAUACCGGAAACGAUGCGCCGACGACUUUUAUGCCUGGCAAAAGGACUACUUUCCAAGCGAGAAUGAGGAGGGCGAGCGCAACACCUUCACCCUCCACGACGGUCCUCCAUACGCAAACGGCCCCGUCCACGUCGGGCACGCUUUGAACAAGAUCAACAAGGACAUCAUCUUGAGAACAUACUCCAAGAGAGGCUUCAGGGUGGAAUAUAGACCAGGGUGGGACUGCCAUGGAUUGCCCAUUGAGCUCAAGGCGCUACAGGCCCACCAACAAUCGAGUCUGAACAAGGAAUCAAAGAGUCUGGUCGACGACCCCAAGAAGGAAGCCAGUGUUGCUCAUGGUGCUGGCCUCAGCCCAUUGGCCAUCCGCGAGGCUGCAAAGCAACUGGCGACAAAGACCAUUUCAGAACAGAUGGAAGCCUUCCGAUCAUGGGGAGUUAUGGGCGAGUGGGACAAGCCGUACAAGACCAUGGACGCCGACUUCGAGAUCAAGCAGCUGCAAGUCUUCAAAGACAUGGUCGCAANNAAGCAUGCCAUACUGACUCUAGUUCCCACAGGUCUAAUCCACCGCCAGAACAAGCCCGUCCACUGGUCGCCCUCUUCUGGUACCGCCCUGGCCGAGGCCGAACUCGAAUACGAUGAAGACCACCGCGUUGUCGCUGCUUUUGUCAAGUUCCCCCUGCUCAACCUGCCCUCGACCCUCGCCAAUAAUCCUGCUGUACAUGCCGACUCGGUCAGCGCCUUGAUUUGGACCACAACGCCCUGGACUCUGCCCGCCAACAAGGCUAUCGCCGUGCGUUCCGACAUGUACUAUGUACUGCUUGAAGUCACUGGUAACAACCUCCCCAGAGACAUGCAAGGCCAGGUGAUUGUCGCAAAGGAUCGUGUAGAGUCGUUGCAGACCCACCUGCCAGAGGGCGCCACCAUCAACAUUCUCGUCGACAACAUCUCGGGUUCUGACUUGGAAAAUACCGAGUACAUCAACGUCAUCUCUGCCGAGCACAACAAGAUCAUCCACGCCGACUUUGUUACGGCUACCUCGGGUACCGGCCUCGUUCACAUCGCCCCUGGUCAUGGUAUGGACGACUACAACGUCUGCAUGAAGCUGGGUAUCGGUCCAGCUUUUGCCCCCGUUGAUGAUCAUGGAAAAUAUACCACCAAGGCUNUUCCCUCGGAUCCCUCCUAUCUCCAAGGUCUUCCCGUAGAGAAAGAAGGUGCAAAGGCUGUCGUUGCUCUGCUCAGAAACCCCCACUCCAAGCUCUCCAUACCCUCUUUGAAGUCCGAAUCAUCUUUGAUCUUCAGGACGCACAACUUCAGACACAAGAACCCUAUCGACUGGAGAACAAAGCAGCCUGUCAUCACUAGAGCCACCGACCAAUGGUUCGCCAAUGUCGGAAGUGUCCAGGAAUCUGCUCUCAAAGCUAUUCAAGAUAUCAUGUUUAUCCCAGAUACUGGCAAAUCGCGCCUGGAGAGCUUCUUGAAGGGCCGCAGUCAGUGGUGCAUCUCUCGUCAGCGAAGCUGGGGAGUACCUAUUCCAGCCUUGUUCCACAAGCAGACCGGCGAGGCACUUCUGACUGUCAAGAGCAUCGAGCACAUUAUCAAGACCAUCCAACAACGUGGCACGGAUGCCUGGUGGGCUGACGCUGCCGACGAAUCUGCUUGGAUUGCUCCUGACCUUGAUCGUGACCUAUAUGUUCGUGGCAAGGACACUAUGGACGUCUGGUUUGACAGUGGAACAUCUUGGGCUCAGCUCAAGAAGCGCGAUGAUGGUUCUCAUGCAGACAUGAUUUUCGAGGGUUCUGAUCAACAUCGUGGUUGGUUCCAGUCUCUCCUCCUAACUCAUCUUUCUGCUCAAAACGACACCGCCAACGCCCCUGUCGGAGCCAUUGUCACUCACGGAUUCACACUCGACCAGGCUGGUCGCAAGAUGAGCAAGUCCUUGGGUAACGUCAUCUCUCCUCAGGAGAUCAUCAGUGGCACUAUCAUACCCCCAGCAAAGACCAAGAAGGGAACAAAGACUGUCCCUCGUCCGGUUCAAACCAAGAAAGACGCCAUGGGUCCUGACGCUUUGCGUUUGUGGGUCGCAAGCAGCGACUAUACCAAGGAUGUUGUCAUUGGCCAGCCUGUCCUUCAAGCCGUGCAUUCAUCACUUCACAAAUACCGCACGACUUUCAAGUGGCUCCUUGGCGUCAUGCAUGACUAUCCUGCUCCCUUGCCUGCUGAAGACUUCAUGCAGCAACUCUACUUUUCUGAUCAAGUCGCCCUUCACCAACUUUCAAAGACUUCAGCAGAGGUCUGGAAACACUAUGCUGCCUACGAGUUCCACAAAGGUGUGCAAGCCAUAAACAAGUUGAUCAACACAGAUCUUUCAGGAUUCUACUUUGAGGUCAUCAAAGAUAGGUUAUACGCCGAAGACGAAGAGAUCCGUCGGCAUACACAAACAGUGCUCUUCAUCAUUAUGGAAGAGCUCUGCCAUAUGUUGGGUCCUAUUACUCCUCAUCUUAUCGAAGAAGUAUGGGAACACAUUCCUGAACAAUGGCAGCCAUACGACGUUAGAUCGCCAAACCGAAGAACAUGGGAAUAUCCGUUCAACGCCGAGUUCGACUCCUACAGAGCUGAAGGUGCUAUGGAGAUGGUGAUAAAGACCUUCAAUACUGUCUCAACAGCCGUCAAAUCCGCUCAAGAGAAUGCACGCAGAGCAGGCAGACUUGGUAGCGGACUGGCAUGCCGUGUUGAGCUACAGAUGCCUCGCGAGACCGGCAAUGUAUUCUUGACCCUCCUCACUGAUCUUGGCGCCAACGACGAACUGGCAGAACUCUUCGUCGUCUCUGAAGCCACUAUGGUUCCCGACGACCCAGACUUCCGCCGCAAGAUCGCCGAACAAGAACCAGAUGAAGGACUUCGCGCCACUCUCCUUGAACCCGAGGAGCCGCCAGCCUGGAAGUUCGAAUGUGAAUUCGAGUGCGGAGAUGAAGGUGUACCCGCUACAGCAAAGGCUGUCGUGUUGCCACCCAAUGCAGAAAAAUGCAUCAGAUGCUGGCAAUUCACUUCUGAGGAGCCCGACACGCUUUGCGGAAGAUGUACUGAUGUCGUCAGUGAUGACUUGGGUGUUGAUGAACAGAUGCUUAAUGAGUCAGAGGCGGAGGAGGAAGAGGAGGUAGAGGAUGAAUUGGCCAGAUACCGU